GCUUCGUUGCUACCCCUACGUCACCACGGCGCGACAGCAAUCUCGUUACGCAGUUGUCUGAGUGGUUAGAUUUCUUGUGUUUUUGGUUUUUAGUUGAAUAAAACCCGGUUAUAACGGACCAUCUGAGGACCAACAGAGACCGGCAGAGUCCAGGACCCGGACCAGUCCUGUGUGACCACGAUCAGACCGCAGUCCGGACCCGUGGCGCACUUUGUUUGGCUCUACAGCUAACUGUUAGCAUCGUUAGCUCCGAUUAGCGGUGUGUGUUUGAUUUGUGUCUCACCGAUGGAGUAUCCCGGUGGAGGAGGGGGUGCGGUGCUGGGCGGCGGUAACGUCCCGGCCUUCCUCACCAAACUGUGGACCCUGGUGGAGGACCCGGACACCGACCCACUCAUCUGCUGGAGCCCGAAAACUCAGAGUUUGAUCUCAGGCCCAACAAACUCAGAGACUCUGAACAACACACCUGUACACACACUGUUCAUAACUGUUAACCUGCUGACUUGUUCUGGUUUCCAUGGUAACAGUAUGUUUCUCUCUGUGGCUCAGGUGUCAUCUGUGCGUCAGGAGGAAGUGAAGGUGUCAGCAGAGGAUGUGAACAAGAUCCUGAGCGAUGUCCAGCUGAUGAAGGGGAAACAGGAAACCAUUGACUCGAGGAUUAUCACCAUGAAACAUGAGAACGAGGCUCUGUGGAGAGAAGUGGCCAGUCUGAGACAGAAACACGCUCAGCAACAGAAGGUCGUCAACAAGUUGAUCCAGUUCCUGGUGUCUCUGGUUCAGUCCAACAGGAUGUUGGGAGUCAAGAGAAAACUACCUCUGAUGCUCAAUGACUCUAGCUCCGCCCACUCCAUGCCCAAAUACAGUCGACCGCUCUCAUUGGAGCACAUGCAGGCUGCAGCCAGUCUGUUCUCCGCAGACGCUGCGCUGACCUCUGGACCAAUCAUCUCUGACAUCACAGACCUGACCACGCCCCCAGCUGACAGUGUCAUCAGUGAUUGGACGGAUGCAGGAGACAGUCAAUCAGUGAAUGUCAAAGAGGAGCCCUCCAGUCCUGAGGUGGAGGUGUGUCCUGUUCUGGAGGGUGUGACUACACCAGUGGACACGCCUCUCUCCCCCACCACUUUCAUCAACUCCAUCCUACAGGACAACGAGAUGCCAAUUAACACCUCCACCCCCACCACACCUCCAACAGUAAGUCCCAUUGUUGUGAUAAGCUCUGCCUCCACCGGGCCACUCCCUGCAGCUCCAGCCAGCCAAUCACCUGCGUCCGUUCCCACCUCUAAUUCCGCUCCAACCAAACCUCUGCAGAAAUGUCAGACCGUUGCCUGUAUCGACAGACCCCGCCCCCCUCCCUCUGCAGGUGGAUUCUCACCUGACGUUUGGCGCCUCGUGUCAACACGAGCUGACAAGUCUGAACUGUCCAGUCACGUCGACAGUAUCGACAGCAGUCUAGAAAACCUGCAGAGCAUCCUGAACACGCAAGCCUUCACCUUCGACACGUCUCCGCUCAUGGAGUUCUUCAGUACCUCCUGUCCCUCCGGAGACUUUGACCUUGACAGUCUGGACUCUCUGCUGUCUGAAGACGUUCCCAAUGGAGAUGACGGAAACACAAAUGCCACCAACGCAGGGAAGCAGCUGGUGCAGUAUACUGCCACACCGGCGCUGAUGUCCGAACCAGCAGGCUCAGGUGAGGGCGGGGCCGACCUGCCCUCCCUGCUGGAGCUGGAGGCGGAGCCUUUCUUCGGCUCUGAACUGCCCACUGACGACCCCGAUGCCGCUCUGCUAAGCCACACCCAUCUGAACUCUGAUCUCUGACAUCACUGGGAGGGGGCGGGGCGUGGAAUGUGACUGAGCAGUGACUCAGCAGCAGCAAUAGAUGAUGAUGAUGAUGAUGAUGAAGUCAAUCGAUCAGCUGUAGAUCAAUCAGUAGAUCAAAAGUCAUGUUUUUAUUCUUCUCUUUCUGUUUUUAUUUUAUUAGGUCUACAUUCUUCUUCGCUGCUUUGAGUAAACGCUGUCCUCAGAGAGCCAGGCUGUGACGUCACAGCCCAGGUGUUCUCUGCACUGUGCAUGCUGAUGUCUUUGAUUUCAUGUGUAAAAUAUAAACAAAUAAACAAACAUAUUUUUGGAGAGUUUAUUAUUGAUGAGUCGUGUUGACUCAGCAGUGACCCCUGUUACCAUGGAGAUGACCUGGAAGCAGACAGACAUGUAUUGAUCAGCUGUGAUGUCAUUGAUCCACAUUAAACACAGUUUGUUUCUUAGUGUC